GGAGAGAGUGAAAGAGAGAGAGAGAGAGGCAGCGCACGAAUGCAACAGAGCAGUGGAGGAGAGGAGAGAGAGACAAGGAGGACUAGGCGUUACGGUCGCUCCUUCACAAGCUGCAUGCGAGAUGCCAGGACUGAUGCAGAGAGAUUGCCGUUUCUUUCCUUUUUCUUUCUUUCAUCAGCUUUCUGUAACAUUGAACUCUUCCUCCUCUCAUCUGUCUCAGAGGUGGAUGAAGGAAUGUCCAUACGUGGAGUCCAGGUGGCUGUGGUUUUGAGAUCUCCGUUUGAAAAUCUUCUCAGCCUCUUGUGAGAUUGAGUAGCCACUUGAAACCUGAAGAAAGGAAAGAAAAAUAAAGGCAAGAGUCUUGAAAUUGCAUAAAAAGGGAGGGAGAAGGCCUUCAAACGGAAGAAUGGAUGCAGUAGAGGACAAAUAGUUUUCUUGAUAACUUCAGAAAAGCCUCAUCACAGACUAAUACAAAUUUAAAACGGUACAGCACAGCAACAAAGCAGUAUUCUCCGGCAGAGCCUGCAAGAAAUGGCCAAGAGGGUUAACCAUUUAAAUGGCUGAACUGAUUCUUUGAACAGCCACAUUCUGCAAACUAAAGACUUGAGCCGAUUAAUUUUUAAUGGGUCAUUUCAGAAUCUUCUUUGAUAUAUGGAGAUCCUGAGAUUCAAAUGGCUUUGAAACUUUGACAACCUCAUGUAUUUGUAGCAGAUAAUGAAAACAUUUGCCUACUUCAAUUUACCUCACAGGAUUCCUUCCUAGCGUAUUAGAUGUGCAGACAAAUCCAGGAACUAGUCUGAGAUCCUCAGCUCGGAUGAUUAGGUUGGAAAGACUCUUUCUGGUCCAAAAAGGUUCAGAAAAACUUCUCAGGACUGACAGGCAUUCCCCCAUACUGGUGUAUUUGAUUCGUUAACAACGUUUGGCCACCAAAUUAAACAUGGCUGCUGGAGUGGCAACAUGGCUACCGUUUGCCAGGGCAGCGGCCGUUGGCUGGCUUCCUCUGGCCAAGAAAAUCAUGCCCAAACCACCUGUGGACAAAAAAAGCCGCAACGACGAGAUCCUGUACGUAAACGUGAGCGGGCUCCGCUUCCAGACAUGGAAGAACACGCUGGACCGCUAUCCCGACACUCUGCUGGGCAGCUCGGAAAAGGAGUUUUUCUACAACGAGGACACUCAGGAGUAUUUCUUCGACAGGGACCCGGAAAUGUUCCGGCACAUUUUGAACUUCUACCGCACCGGCAAGCUUCACUACCCGAGGCAGGAGUGCGUUCAGGCCUUCGAUGAGGAGCUGGCGUUUUACGGCAUCGUGCCAGAUAUUAUCGGUGACUGCUGCAUGGAAGAGUACAGGGAUCGCAAGAAAGAGAACCAGGAACGUUUGGCCGAGGACACGGAGGCCGAGAUGGGGACGGACACCCCUUUGCCACCAAACAGCACACAUCGGGAACGUUUGUGGCGUGCCUUUGAAAACCCCCACACGAGCACCAUGGCUCUCGUUUUCUACUAUGUCACUGGCUUCUUCAUUGCCGUCUCGGUUAUAGCAAACGUGGUGGAAACUGUCCCCUGCCGACCCCUCAAAGGCAGCAAGAAAGACUUGCCAUGUGGCGAGAAGUACUCGCUGGCGUUUUUCUGCAUGGACACGGCCUGCGUCCUCAUCUUUACGUUCGAGUACCUCAUGAGGCUUUUCGCCGCGCCCAGCCGCUGCAAGUUCAUGCGCUCGGUCAUGAGUGUAAUCGACGUUGUUGCCAUCAUGCCAUACUACAUCGGCCUGGUCAUGCCUGAGAAUGAGGACGUGAGCGGAGCGUUCGUCACGUUAAGAGUGUUCCGCGUCUUCCGGAUCUUCAAGUUCUCGCGUCAUUCUCAGGGCCUGCGGAUCCUGGGUUAUACUCUGAAGAGCUGUGCUUCCGAGUUGGGCUUCCUCCUGUUUUCCCUCACCAUGGCCAUCAUCAUAUUUGCCACCGUCAUGUUUUACGCGGAGAAAGGCACUAAGGGAACCAACUUCACCAGCAUCCCAGCCUCCUUCUGGUACACCAUAGUCACCAUGACAACACUUGGGUAUGGAGACAUGGUUCCAAACACCAUCGCCGGAAAGAUCUUCGGCUCUAUCUGCUCUCUCAGUGGCGUGCUGGUUAUCGCCCUUCCUGUACCUGUCAUCGUGUCCAACUUCAGCCGAAUCUACCAUCAGAACCAAAGAGCUGACAAGAUGCGAGCCCAGCAGAAAGUCCGUCUUGCCAGGAUUCGCUUGGCCAAGAAGGGAACCACCAACGCCUUCCUACAAUACAAAGAUGAAGGAGGAUUUCAUGAUCGGGACAGUGACAACGCUUUGUGUCUGAAGAACAAAUCUUCCUUCGAGCACCAACACCAUCACCUGCUGCAUUGUCUGGAAAAGACAACAAAUCAUGAGUUCACAGACGAGCUGACGUUCAGUGAGAUGUGUAUGACUGAGUCAAUGGGUUAUCGCACCAGUCGCAGCACUUCCAUCUCCAGCCAGCAGGGGAUGUCGACAUCCUGCUGCCCCCGCAGGGCCAAGAGAAGAGCCAUCCGCCUCGCCAACUCCACCGUAUCCGUCAGCCGGGGCAGCGUCCAGGAGCUGGACACUCUGCAAGUGCACAAAUCCUCUUCUGGACUCCAAAGCCGCUCCAGUCUCAACGCCCGGACUGAAGACCUGAAGCUAAACUGUGAAGAUAGGGAUUUCACCGCGGCUAUAAUCAGUAUACCCACCCCACCCGCCAACACCCCUGACGAGAGUCUGCCGCCCUCUCCUGCCUUUCCCGGAAUCCUACGCAACUCUCGCACUAAUUUCUACACCCAUGAGACGGUGAAGAUCUCUUCCUUAUAACCACCACAAGCACACAAGCAUCCCCAAAUUGCACAACAGAAAGAAAGAGAUGGGGGCUUCUCCCAGGAAAGAUCGCAAAUUCCACAGAAAAGACAAAGUGCAUCUUGUAACGAAUCUGCUUCAUUCCAAAAUCCACAAUUCGACGUGGACUCGCAUGAGCUGACGUGUUUUUGUGACCCCGGACAGUUCACACAGAAACUGAUCUUCCAAGCUUGGGGGAGACUGAAAAGAUGAACUCAAUAGCGUUUUAUGAUAAAUCAGCAGUUAUAGUGGCACAGAAGGCCUUUUACUUUUAAGAUAUGCAAUGUUUCAACAACCAGGAAUUAUGCCUAUACGUCCACUGCGUAAUACAGUUGCAGGAAAUAUUACAAAUGUGGAAAUUAUCAUAAAGUACAUCGAUAUAUUGAACCCGUAGAUCUUUGCAGGGAAAAAUACAAUUACAGAAACAAUGGCUGUUAUAAAGGAGGUGGUGUAUAUGUAUCAAUAUUUGUAUCAUACGUCUUUAGCUCACAUGCAUCUUCAAAACCCCACCAAAAAGACAAGAUUUCUGACCCAAACAUGCAUGAUGUUGUAUAGUAGAUACCAUGGCAGAGAAUGGAGCCGCCAACAUGCUACUCUCACAUACUUUUGCAUGGUACUUCUUUUACCUCCGCUUCGUUUGUCCUGUUUUCUUUCUUGACAUUGAUGAAAAAAGAUGAUAUUUACUGAGUAUUAAUGAUCAAACGUGCUGCACCAGACGUGCACAUAAAAAAUUUAUUAAAUAAAAACAUUCAGGCAUGUUCUUUGCAAAAGUCUGAGGUCGGACUAGUGCGGCGAUGUGUGUGUGUGAUGGGUGACUGGGAAUGACUUGUGUUAUUUGAUCACAGAUAUGCAUGGAUACCGUUGUAGGUAUUUUUAUGUGCUUUCUCCCAUGGGAAAAUGAAAGGUUUCUAUAGCAUUUUAAAGCAAAUGGAGGGCGUUUACCACUGUCAUUGAGUUUUACUGCGGUAAUUAGAGUCACUUCAACUUAUUUUUCAUUUGGCUUAGUAAUUAAGUGUAACCUUUAAAUCCUAGCUAUUUUUAUACAAUAUAGCUUAUGCAUCGAACACAGCUAUGUAAGGGUCCAGUGAACCACUUCUCUAAUAUGAUUUAAAGCUCAUCUGUUAAAUAUCAUAAGCAACAAUGAGACAGGCAAUAAUAGUGUAAUUAUUUUUUACUACAGAACAGAAGUGAAAGAUACAAUUAUAUAUGGAAAUGAGUACAAAAAAGGAGGAAUGCGAAUGUGCACUUGAUUGUGCUGAAAAAUAUAUUUGUUACUGUUUACAAGCAUUGUUCCUAAGUUAUUUUUACGUUCUUUUUGGUUCUCUCUCUCUCUCUCUCUCUCUCUCUCUCUCUCUCUCUCUCUCUCUCUCUCUCUCUCUCUCUCUCUAGUAGUGUGAAGUGGUAAAUGUAGUAGUUGGUCAGGUACCUGCUCAUUUUAAGGAGGGGUUGUUGGAUGAAACGGUUCCCUGUAGGAGAUUAAAGAGUUAAAUAUCAAAAGCACAGAGGUGUAAAGUCUAUUCCACAAAUAAAGUGAACAGAACUCAGAAAACAUGGUGUCUGUCGGCUCUCUAUCACACCUAAAGAUAUGAUUCAGUUCUUUUGUUUGAUAUGUGUCAUCAUUUAAUAUCAACAGUGGCCCCAAAAAUGUCUGAAUGUCAUCCGUAUAUGGUCUUUUCAUCAAAUGUGCUGACACCAUCUGAUAUUUUAUAAUGCUAAUCUUUAAAAGUAACUGUUUUCUUGUUUUCUCCCGAGGGAGCACUGUGUAAUUGGCUAUCAAUUUGCAUAAUGUUAGAAAUUGCUAUUAAAUCAUAAGAAUUUUGCAGAGCGUAAUUACCCAGACUGCAGCCGAUGAUUUACUGUUGAGUCAACAUGAAAUGGCCAUUUAACUUCUAAAAUAUGACAUUUCAGAGAGGAACAGAAUAUUCCAGUGCUAAAAAUAAGCAGGGUGAGGCUUGAUUCUAUCUUCUGUUGACUUUAGAGUUGCGAUAAAAUGUAAGUAUCAAAAGAUCUUUUCUUCUGUAUUGUGUUGUACAUCUGAUUAUUAGUGGAAAAGAAAAAUGAAGGUUGGGGACUUACUUCUUUGCAUCUGUUGUGGAUUUUGAGAUGUAGGCGUUGCACUCAAAAAUAGAGGCAGAUGAACAGGACCUUACAGGUGCUGGAUUUAAACUGACCAAAUGAUUGAGGCCCCCCACCACCCCAUAAUGGACCCUUUUCACAGGCUGUGAUAAUGCGUUUCAACAGUCAUCAUCAUUGUUAAUUGAGCAAAUUUUUUUUUACAAUUUUUUUAUUUAAGUAUUAUACAUAAACAUUAUACUUUAGUAUUAUAUUGCCUUUGCAUCAAAUUAACAAAAAACAAGCAAAAAAAAAUUCUUAUGUUUCUUUGACAAUUUCUAUGACAAUUUCAGAUUCUGAAAAACCCGGAAAUGUGAAAGGGGUCCAUUAGACAUGGCAAAAUCAUCCCUCCCAAUAUUUGAAAUUCUUGCACCGCUCUGCUGAACCCCAUCAUUCACCGUGGCUCUGUUUGUUGUUAGGGUGACAAAAAGGUUUAAGGGUUACAUUUUUAAGCUGGUCUGCUUCAGCAGGCUAAUGCAGUGUUCAAGAUGAGGUUGGAAGAGUGAACAUCCGAAUUGAAAUGUUGAUCUAUUCUGACGUCACGGAGGCAUCUCAUUAGAAAUUGAAUGUCUGGAGAAAGUGUGUCUGCCACAUGUCUCAAGCUUUUUUUUUUUUUUUUUUCACUAUAAUGUGUUUUAAGUUGGCAUUCUGCAUAUCAUAAUGUUAGUUUGGUCUAUUUUUUUUGGAUUGAUGUGAUGUGGCAAAGGCUGAGUUCACUGGGACCGCAUAAGCAGGCCAACUUUGGAAGGCUUUAAUUUGUCUGAGAUGUAUAUGUGUGUGUUUACUUUCAAGGUUUCUGUUCUUCAAGUAUGUCAUGCUUUCUCCAUAUUUGCAAAUAAAACUUCAACACAAAAUCAUUGGCUUUUCAUUAAAAAUUAAACUGCAAUCAUGACUCAUUUUUCAUGGUCUUAUUUUGGCUCCUAAAGAAUUUUCAUAAAAAUGUAACUAUUUAAAGUUAGAGUAAGCGUCUAGAUUAGAAUAUGUAUUUCAUGUUGAGUGUACAGCAGGUUUGCUUAUUUGGCCAAGUACCAUU